AUGAGCACCCUCGACUAUCAACUCUCCGCUGACGGGGAAACAGCACUACACAAGAGACUCAUUGAUGCUGUCGCUGACCCCGUCAAGGGUAUUCCUGGAGCCGUGGUCUGCGUGGUCAACAAGUCUGGGAAGUUGAUCUUCUCAGAAGCACAAGGGAAGAUAGGUUCGCAGAGUCCCGAACCCAUGGAGUUGGCCACGAUCUUUUGGCUGGCAUCGUGCUCCAAGUUGAUCCUAAGCAUAGCUUGCAUGCAGCUUGUCGAACGUGGUCUGCUCAACCUGGAUGAUCCGGAUCAGGUUGAACUACUGUGUCCCAGGCUGAAGGCGGUCCAGAUUCUCAAGCAAGAUUCCAACGGUGAACUUGGAUUUGUUAGCAAGAAUAACAGAAUCACACUUCGGAUGCUCCUCACUCAUACAGCCGGCUUCAACUACGCGCCAUACUGCCCCCCCCUCCGGGACUGGAUUCUCUCUCACUCCAGGAACUUUGUGGACUUCGACCAGCCACUUAUUACUGAGCCAGGAGAGGAUUGGCAUUAUGGCUUCAACAAUGAAUGGGUAUCCCUCAUGGUAGAGCUCGCCAGUGGCCAAAGAAUGGAAGACUACUUACGCAACAAUAUCUUUGAACCUUUGGGCCUCGAAAAUGCAACUCUGUUUCCAAACGAAGUCAUGCAGCAGAAGCUGGCUAAGAUGAAUCAUCGCUCUUCAACGGACGGAAGUCUCAAAGAGGGCCAUCACUUCAUGCAGUCCAUUCUUGACAUUGCCAAUGAAGAUGAUAAAAGUUCAGCAUUUCAAAAUGCUGCUGGAGGGAUAUUUAGUCGACCCGUUGAAUAUUGCGAAAUCAUUGCCACGCUGCUCAACGGUGGGCUCUCUCCUACAACAAAUGCGCGUAUCCUUCGGAGCUCCACAGUAGACAUAAUGUUCCUGAACCAGAUACCUCAAUUCCCGGAUUUUGCACGCAAGGGCAUUCCUUCUGCGCUCCCGGAGGACACAAACCCCAUUCCAGAACUAUAUCCCAGCCAACCUCAUCACCAGCCCCAAGGCUGGGGCCUCAGCUUUAUGCUGACCUUGGAACCAACACCUCAAGGACGUGGCCCCUUCUCAGCUAGUUGGGCGGGAAUGGCAAAUUGCUAUUGGUGGGCAGACAGACAUAAAGGCGUGGGAGGCUUUGUAGGGACCCAAAUUGUCCCCUUUGCCGAUCAUAAGGUUAUUGACCUCGUUAGCGAUGUUGAGUCCCUUGUAUACUCCUAUCAACGACAGGAAGCAAAGGAGUAA